UCACGGUAGGUUGAGCCCACUGAGGUCCAUAGAAAUUUGACAGCUUCACAGGUGAGACAACCGUGAAGAGGCUGUUUCACUUUGCUUUUCACUUUCCCUCCGGAUCACUAUUUACUGUGAGCCUGGGGUUGUCACACUCAAAAAACAACCAUUCAAAGUCUAAUCAUUCCGGAAGUAUGAGCAAAAAGAAAAAGGACUGGAAGAAUGAGAAAGAGAGGCUGCUCCGUCUAGAUCGAGAGGAAAGGCGCAAGGAGUACCGUCGCCAGGACUACAUCUCCCUGGACAAGAUCCCAACCUGGAGAGAGGAAAACAGCAUUAAUGACAAUGAAGAGGAGGACACUCAGGUGACCAGCGGAGGAGGGCUGUCUGAUAAAGUAUCCCUCUACAAAGGAGACAUCACGCUCCUGGAGGUGGAUGCCAUAGUCAAUGCUGCAAACUCCAGUCUUCUGGGAGGAGGGGGAGUUGACGGGUGCAUACACAAAGCAGCGGGGUCCUGUCUGUUUGACGAGUGCCACUCACUAAACGGCUGUGAAACCGGCAAGGCCAAGAUCACCUGCGGAUACGACCUCCCGGCGAGAUAUGUGAUCCACACCGUAGGCCCAGUGGCCAGAGGUCAUGUGGGCCCCAGUGAGACCAGCGACCUCACCGCCUGCUACCAGAACUCCCUCAGGCUGCUGAAGGAGCACGGACUCAGUACUGUGGCCUUCCCCUGUAUAUCCACCGGCAUCUAUGGUUUUCCCAAUGAGCCUGCUGCCGACAUCGCCCUGAACACAGUGAAGAACUGGAUCGAACAGAAUCCUGAUAAGAUCACACGAGUCAUAUUCUGCGUCUUUCUGGAGACAGACUUCAACAUCUACAAGAAGAAAAUGGCGGUUGUUUUUCAAGACAACGACAUGGAGGCUCCAGAGGAGCAGCAGAAGGACGACACCAUCCCACCAUCACCCACAUCCACACCUAAGGAGGAGGAGGAGGAAGCCAACAGGGGUGCUGAUGAAGCUGGUGAUGAAGAGGAGGACACCAAUGAUGCUGAGGCCAAUGCGGACGUGGAUAUGAUGAGCCAAACCCAAGAUGAAGAAAUGGGCGCUGAUGAACCAAACCCAGAGGAAAACCAGGAACAAGAUGUGAAGCAAGGCAAAGGCAAAGAUGCAAGCGCUGGAAAUAACAAAGAUGAAGACACAGAUGCUGCUAAAAGCCAAGAAAAAGCCAAGGAAGAGGAGACUGAAGCAAAACCAGAGCAGGAGGCUGAGGGAGAUGUGGAGAUGAAUACACAGACAUUAACUGUAGAGGUGGAAGAUGAUUCUAACAUCAAUGAAUCCGGCACCAGCAACGUAGAUAUGAAGGAGGAAGUUAAGACUCAACCGGAUUUGAAUGCUACUGACAACUCGCAGUCCAAAGACACUGACCAUGAGAAGAAAGAUUGACCAGCUGAGGGGCAGACAAUCAACCUCAUCUGACAGCCAGCAAACUGUGUGCACCCCCAGAGCCCGUGUACAGGGCAGCUCUGGCACCGACUAGAGCAAAACCAGUUACCCACCAUGCUCACAUCCCACUUUGAUUUGCCUUUUCUCUUUAUUCAAACAUUAGACUCACCCCAAAACAAUGUAUGUAUAUGUAUCUAUGUAUUAAUGUACAUACUGAACCUAUAGGACUUGAACAUAUCAACCAGACGAUGAGCCAUACCUCACUGUGUGUUAGCCGUUCACCAUUAACAUAUGCUGUGUGUCUGAGAGAGAGAGAGAAACAGGUCCUUUUGAUUUCACAUCUUCAAUUCAAUACAUCAACAUCAGAUUUUGUUUUUAUAACUUUGACAAUAUAAAAAAAAUAAUGCCACCUGUUAUAGUCACUACCUGAACGUGCUGUGAAUUAACUUUAUAGCUAUUCUGGUGGAGGGUGCACCAGUUACUUGUCGCUAUGAAGAUGUUAUUGCUUUGCGAGAAAUGUUUCACAGAAUGGCAUUAAACUGAUAUAUCUUAUAUCAGAUAUCAGCAUAUUUUCAGUUACAUGUGUUUUACCUUGAAAGAGCUCACCCUUCUGCAGAUCUGAGCUGUAAAUUAGCCUGGUGGUGUCACUUGCUUCACUCUGUCUAGAUAGAAAAGUUAAAUACCAUACUGUGAAACAUUUUAGAUAAGUUUUGGAUCCUCAGCCAGAAAAGUUACAUAAUGCAUCUUUAAAUAACUAAACAAUAAAUUAUAAUCAACAGUCAGAAUACUAAUCCAGCUGGUCUACUGCACUUUGAUGCAUUUAAGUGAUCCUGAAAUUUGCAAAUAAUACUAAAAGUAGAUCUAAAAAUGUUCUAAAAAUACUUACAAUGUUGAAUUGUUUUGGAAGCAUAUGGUUUUAAGUAAGAUUACUAUAUCACAGCAGAGGUGGGGGCUUGCAAGUCGUGACUUUGACUUGAGUCAGACUUGUCACUAAUUUUAGGACUUGAGACUGACUUGAUGAAAUGGACUAAGACUUGGGACUCGACUCGUACUUGAAGGUCAGUGACUUGGGACUUGACUUGGAUUUGAUGCCUGCGACUUGAGAAGAAGUGAGAAGCACUUUUACAUCUGAAUUCUUUCUAUUCUGAACGUAAUGAUUCACUCUAAGAUCUUGUCAUUUAAAAAGGAAAAAUCUUAUAUACUCUAUAAAUAUUUAUAUAUAAAUAUACCAUGAAUUUUUAAGUAUAAUUUAGUUUAAGAUUCAUAGAAAUUGCAAAAAUCUAAACUAUAUUUGGUACUUGAAGCUCAAAGCAGAUGACUUGACUUGACUUGGAUUUAGAUGUUAGUGACUCGAGACUCGACUUGGACUUGCCUGGAUUUGACUUGGGACUUGACUCGGACUUGAGGGCAAAGACUUGAGACUUACUUGGGGCUUGUAAAACGACAACUUGGCCCCACCUCUGCUGUAUUCACCAGCUUCACAAGAUGAGUUUUAAAAAAGUACCACUCUCUCUUAAAAAAACGUGCAUCUUUAACACAUAAAUAUAUUAAAUAUUUUUUUAUUCAGUAUUGGAAGCCAAUACUUAGGUCAAAAUAAUUAAAAACAAACUAGCUAAUCGGGGGAAAAAAAAUUAAAUAAAGUAGUAUUUGAUUGAGGUGAUAAUUGGGUUUUCUCAACUUCAAAUACAUUUUACCGUGAUUUAACUCCUGACCCUAAUCCUACAAUAUGGCUCUGAUUCAACUAUUUUAACUUUAACUAUUGUACUCCAUUCUCAAACCUGAAUAGUUCCCACCAUCAUUGCAACUAAACCUCUUCCUUCAUCCAUCAUUGGGCCAGUGCAUGCCAGAAACUUGCUUUCACUUCAACAUAUACAUGAAUUUCUUUGCUUUUUGCUUUUUUCUUCAAACAGAUUGUCUCUACAAAAGGAAUCUGCCUUAUUUCUUAUCAAGGGCGUUGGUCCAAGUAUGAAAUCUUAGAUACAUGCUGAUGAUUUGUAAUUUUACUCAUAAUGGCUAAUACCUACUGUUAAUGGUUUCUUUUUCCUGAAUUUGAAUCCUUUUCUUUUCAACGUUGGUAUGAUUCCUAUAUUAUUUUGAGUGGUGCCAUAGUAAAGAUCGGAUAAAUGACAGUUCUAUGAAAAGAUGCCUUCAUAGUUUGAUGUUUGCUUUGCUAAACUAUAAGAGAAACGCCUAAUAAAGAUUUAAGGUGAAAUACAA